AUGGGAUGGGUGAGGUGAGAAGGUAGACAACAAAGGGAAUGUACGAUACUGGAAAAACAUUACUUUAUUAGCAAGAAAAUUACAGUAAGCUUAGCAAAAGAGUAAAAAAGUAAUAUUAUAGUGAAGCAAAUUACCCUAUUGAGCCUUUUAGCCCAUUAAACCUGCCCUAUGACCUACAGUACAGCCAUAAAAAGUAAAAAACCUUAAAACUACAAUACAAAAUCCAAAAUCAAGAUACCACGAAGCCAUACAGAGUAAAUUACAAUAAUAGCAAAGGAUUUUCAGACCGUCCUCAACUCGAUGCACAAGUACCAACCACGUGUCCAUAUUGCCCGGUGUAACAGCAUGGAACAGCUCAAAGUUACCAUGUGGAAGACUUUUACAUUCCCCGAAACCGUGUUCAUCGCCGUCACUGCGUAUCAGAACGAAAAAGUGAGUUUUCGACCGGUAGAACGGUGAAUUUUAAAAAAUUAUGUUUUUGGGUAGGUUGGUCUUAAAAUUUACGAGUUUUGCGACAUAAUUUUAAAAAAUUGUGUUUGCUAUAUUAAGUUAGGUGUCUUGACUACUAUUUACAUACAUAACGUUUCUAAAAUGUCUUAGGUUACUGUAUUUUUUAGGCUAAAGAAAACUUUCAACUCUUUCUCUUGAAACUGAAUUUCAAAGCCAAAUUUAUCAACUCUCUCAAAGACAAUAACAAAUCUACUAUAACAUAAGCCAAUCUUUGUGUAUCAAGCUCAUAACCCUUGUGUGAGAUCGUAUAACAACACUUGUCGCUCAUGUAAAGCAACAUAUUUUAUCGGGGCAAUAAAACCGGGCGUUUUGUGUUUAUUUGCAUAGCUGUUUCGAACAUUUGUCGAUUAUAUAGUGCAACAGAAGGCCAACAUGAUAUCCUUUACAUAGACAAAAGAUUGUGGUACUUGGAAACAGGAUUUGAAUAGCAUAAAGAAAAGUUCUUACAACGUAUUUUACCUUAUUUUCACUUCAAACUAGUCAAUAUUAACAUGAGUUUGAUACCUAUUUUCAUUCUUUUUACAAUUGUAUCACUAUAUCUUGCCUUAAAAUCUCAAUAACACGAUGCAACAUUUUGUAUAGGAUCUUAUGUCUAUAUCAAAAGAUCCUAUAACAAAGUACAUAUCACUACAAAUCAUAACACCAACAAACGGUCACAAGCCUCUCAUUUCUCGGCUAGCAUUUGAGUAUCGGAUUAGGUCUUGCCUUUUCAUAUUAAACUUCUUUUCGGUAGAAGCGUUUUUGAUGUAGCCGCCGCUUAUCAUUCCAUUAUCAGGGUGUAAGGAUUAGCGGAACCGAGAAGAAGAAGAAAGAAGAUACGCAAAUAGAAGCGGGCCUACAGUACAAAGUGUUAGAUUAGACGAUUUUUGACGUUUUUAGAGGAAACAGAAGCUGGGUUUAAAAUUUGAUAGUGUUGUAUGGCUUAACAUGGAACAGUGAGUAUUUAGAAACACCUACUACAAGAUCACAACAGUAUAUUUAUGUCUACUAUAAUAUCUAGCUUUUUCUGUCAUAAAAGCUUUCUAUAGGGUCCCUGGUUCAUUCUAGUAUAAAAAGUCUAGUUCAAUACAAUCUCAAAGUCUAAAAAUCACAAAAAUUACCUUACACUACCCAAAACAAAGCAUAAAAACGAUAAACAUAACCAAAAUGUUUUAGGUAACCCAACUAAAAAUCGACCACAAUCCGUUCGCCAAAGGCUUCAGAGACACAGGAGCUGGACGACGAGAAAAGAAGCGACAUCUAAAUGAAUCCGGCUCCACUUCAGGCUACUCUCCAAACCCAGGAUUCAGAUUAGAUCCUGACAGCGACGAUGAUGAGCCAACAUCAAAGAGGCCAAGAAGUUCAUCGAGUAACGAUCUGAAUCACUCUGGAAGCUCAAAAUCACCUUCGUGCAAUGACAAAAUGUUUAGCAGUCCUACUGUAAGUUUUUUACUGUCUUUUCUAGAAUUUCUUAAUUGACUUUUUGAAUUAAAAAUAUUAGCUUUGCCAUUUUUAUGCCAUUUUAGGCUUCAAAACUAUUCGUUUUGAGCUUCAGAACCUUAUUUCCUCCUAAAAUUCAAACCACUCUUCCUUACCGUAACCAAAAAUUAAUUUUCCACGCCUUAAUAAGCCAAAUCGCUUGUAGGAAACCGGUCAGUCCGCGUCGCUGAACACCCAACGACAGGAUAAUCCCUUCAUGCCGUUGCGACAUUUACCUUUCCCGGCGAUGGCAGGCGGCCGAAAAGGCGGUAUGCCUUUCGGGUUUCCGUCGUUUGGCCUGCCCAUGCCGUGCUAUCCGCCGUUUCCCGGAAGCCCGCAGGGAAACGGCGUCUUCCCGCCGCCCAAUCCUGAAAUGUUGGCCAUGUUCAUGAACUCGCAGCUCCUCCGGAAUGGCCUAAAUCCGUUCGCCGCCGCGUUGGCCGCGAAACUGGUUCAACAACAAAAUUUGGAAAGCAUGAAGAAGAGUAAGGACGAAGCGACAUCAUCACAGAACGUUGAGAACAACGCAAAUUUGGACACGGAAAACAGAGAAACAGCUGAUGAUAAGGCUUCAGAAGACAACAAAAUAACGGAAGAAAAAACUUCCAACACCUCAAAGACUUCAGAAGACAGUAAACCAUCACCAAACCACAAUGUAUCAAAUCCAUUCUCGUUCGAGACUUCGGAACGGUCAGAGAACUCACUGUUCGCUAAUCUUCUGGAACGUUCCGGAUCUUCUGAAGUCAAAGAAGAGCCAGACUCAACCAGACCAGAAUCCGAGAACCUUGAGGACGAUGUGAAGCUACCAAAGCUUGAAUCCAAGUCUUUUUCGUCUAGUCCAACGCCAGAACCGACCACAGAAAGCCCUAGUCCCACGUUCUCGGCCAACGCCAAGAAAUCCAGCUUUAAAAUGACGGAUCUGCUUUCCGCUUAG